AUGGAAGGCCCUACGAAUUCCAAGGAAAUAGCACCGGCGAGUGCAAGCUGGACAGUUGAUUACCUCAUGGAUGUGGAUCUUAAAAGUAAAGACGGCACUGACAUUCCUCUCUACAACAAGCACCUGAGAUACGGUGAGGAUGAUGGCUAUACCAGAAAUUUAGGUAUCCGCCAACAGGUCGGGGACAAAAGCGAACGCUUCGACACUGAAAAGGAGGACUACUGGCUGUUUCAUAUUCAUUCUAACCAUGCCGACUUUGAAAUCGCCAUUGGAGGGGAGACCCCGGUACUGGUGAAUUCGAAGCCGAACUGGAACAAGUGUUCCGACGAAGACACCGAUGUCAUCUGGAAAUCACACAAGUGGGAAGAUCCGAGUUCUAGCAAGAAUCACGUAUGGCUGAGGAGCUGGGUUGUCUUUGAAGACGAAAAGAAAGGGUGUUUCAAUCGCUUUGUCGCAGUGCGAUGUCCGAAAAUGGACAACCCGGCCAUUACGAUCAAGGGCUCGGGGCAUUUUGCGUGCCUUCACUGGGUGGGCUUGUUUCUUAAAACGACCACCAACGACACCAACAAGUUUGUUACCGUGAGAACUACCAACAGAUUGCUUCCGGAUUAUGGCGAGCGCAAUAGAACUGCAGGCUAUGAAUGGUUCGAUGAGGAUGGACCUGCCGACGUCACAAACCGCACUCUCACCCUCUUCCCGAAACAACUGUACGGUACCAAUGGCAAUGACCCGGUCUUGUACGACCGGUUUGUUACUACUGAUCCAGAAAACCUUUUGGGUCAAAAACAUUUUGAUCUCGUCCGCUCCAUGUUUGAGCAGAAGUCCGCAUUGUCUGCCUACAAAUAUACGUGGCAUGCCAGCGGAAGGACCUUAAUAAAAACAGCCGACGACUCGUUUUGGCAAGAACCGUACAUGUCUGGAGAGACCACGCUUGAUUAUGUCUCCGGCAUUGAGGUGAUCCCAAGCACGGUAAACGGUUGGACUGUGCUUCUCACUGUCUUCACAAGUGUAACGAAAAUUGCAACUGGACUGUUCACCGCCAACUUUGGCAGCAUCGUGAGCGGUAUUUUCGACAUGACGGAUGUAUUCGAUGAGAAAAAAAUGAGGGAAACCGCCGAUUUGAAGGGCUUUGUCACAGCUGCUGCCGAGGCAGUAGACGAGUACAACAAGAAAUUUCCUGAAAAUAAGAAAAAGAAGCCCAACUCCGCUGAUGUCCCUACGAUCAAUCUGGAGAUCCAAAACGAGACGGUUUUGCAUAUGCACUUUGGGACCUCCUAUAUCGGUACCAAGACAAAUGCAUAA